UCACAUGAUGGGCAAUCUUCAUGCAGGUUCUAAAAGGGGGCCUAGCCUAUUUCGAAUUAAAAAAGCUUGAGUAAUCCCGGAUUAAUGUAUGUCAACUAAGGAUCCCUGCAAACAAUUCGCGUGCAAGCUGCAGAAGUGUUUAAAAGAGAACGUUUAUCAGCCUGCUCGCUGCGAGGAAGUGAUCGAAGAAUUACGCCAGUGUUGUAUUAAACACUCUACCAAAUCCCUCGUUUGCGAUGGUAUAGACACAUCAAAACCCUACGAGCACAAUACCGUCGAUUACAGAAAAACUACCAAAAGAAUAUGAAACCAAAACGUGCAGUACUAGGAAAACGUUCGUGGCUGCAGCGAAAUCCGCACAUUGGAGUACCACUUAUCACAACUGGGUUGCUAUUGAUAUUCUUCAGUCGUCCAUUGUACGACGCCUUUCUCAGACCAUAUCCCGAGGUUCCCA